GAGCUCAACGUGCCGGCUGUUGGAAAAGUGUGUCACUGGGGCACGAGGCGCUCCCUGGGAUCACAUGGUACCUGCUCCAGUGCCGCGUGCGGCCCGGGAACCCUGGGCUGCUGGCGCCUGCGCAGAGCCCUCUGUCCCAGGGAAAGGCUCGGGCAAAAGGCGGCUGAGAUUGGCAGAGUGAAAUAUUACUGCCGAGGGAAGGUAGCAGGGCACACGUCUCGCCUCUUUGCGACUCGGUGCCCCGUUUCUCCCCAUCACCUACUUACUUCCUGGUUGCAACCUCUCUUCCUCUGGGACUUUUGCACCGGGAGCUCCAGAUUCGCUACCCCGCAGCGCUGCGGAGCCAGCAGGCAGAGGCACCCCGUACACUGCAGAGACCCGACCCUCCUUGCUACCUUCUAGCCAGAACUACUGCAGGCUGAUUCCCCCUACACACUCUCUCUGCUCUUCCCAUGCAAAGCAGAACUCCGUUGCCUCAACGUCCAACCUUUCUGCAGGGCUGCAGUCCGGCCACCCCAAGACCUUGCUGCAGGGUGCUUCGGAUCCUGAUCGUGAGUCGCGGGGUCCACUCCCCGCCUUUAGCCAGUGCCCAGGGGGCAACAGCGGCUCUAGUUUGAGUCAAGGUCCAGUUUGAAUGACCGCUCUCAGCUGGUGAAGACAUGACGACCCUGGACUCCAACAACAACACAGGUGGCGUCAUCACCUACAUUGGCUCCAGUGGCUCCUCCCCAAGCCGCACCAGCCCUGAAUCCCUCUAUAGUGACAACUCCAAUGGCAGCUUCCAGUCCCUGACCCAAGGCUGUCCCACCUACUUCCCACCAUCCCCCACUGGCUCCCUCACCCAAGACCCGGCUCGCUCCUUCGGGAGCAUUCCACCCAGCCUGAGUGAUGACGGCUCCCCUUCUUCCUCAUCUUCCUCGUCGUCAUCCUCCUCCUCCUUCUAUAAUGGGAGCCCCCCUGGGAGUCUACAAGUGGCCAUGGAGGACAGCAGCCGAGUGUCCCCCAGCAAGAGCACCAGCAACAUCACCAAGCUGAAUGGCAUGGUGUUACUGUGUAAAGUGUGUGGGGACGUUGCCUCGGGCUUCCACUAUGGUGUGCACGCCUGCGAGGGCUGCAAGGGCUUUUUCCGUCGGAGCAUCCAGCAGAACAUCCAGUACAAAAGGUGUCUGAAGAAUGAGAACUGCUCCAUCGUCCGCAUCAAUCGCAACCGCUGCCAGCAAUGUCGCUUCAAGAAGUGUCUCUCUGUGGGCAUGUCUCGAGACGCUGUGCGUUUUGGGCGCAUCCCCAAACGAGAGAAGCAGCGGAUGCUUGCUGAGAUGCAGAGUGCCAUGAACCUGGCCAACAACCAGUUGAGCAGCCAGUGCCCGCUGGAGACUUCACCCACCCAGCACCCCACCCCAGGCCCCAUGGGCCCCUCGCCACCCCCUGCUCCGGUCCCCUCACCCCUGGUGGGCUUCUCCCAGUUUCCACAACAGCUGACGCCUCCCAGAUCCCCAAGCCCUGAGCCCACAGUGGAGGAUGUGAUAUCCCAGGUGGCCCGGGCCCAUCGAGAGAUCUUCACCUACGCCCAUGACAAGCUGGGCAGCUCACCUGGCAACUUCAAUGCCAACCAUGCAUCAGGUAGCCCUCCAGCCACCACCCCACAUCGCUGGGAAAAUCAGGGCUGCCCACCUGCCCCCAAUGACAACAACACCUUGGCUGCCCAGCGUCAUAACGAGGCCCUAAAUGGUCUGCGCCAGGCUCCCUCCUCCUACCCUCCCACCUGGCCUCCUGGCCCUGCACACCACAGCUGCCACCAGUCCAACAGCAACGGGCACCGUCUAUGCCCCACCCACGUGUAUGCAGCCCCAGAAGGCAAGGCACCUGCCAACAAUCCCCGGCAGGGCAACUCAAAGAAUGUUCUGCUGGCAUGUCCUAUGAACAUGUACCCGCAUGGACGCAGCGGGCGAACGGUGCAGGAGAUCUGGGAGGAUUUCUCCAUGAGCUUCACGCCCGCUGUGCGGGAGGUGGUAGAGUUUGCCAAACACAUCCCGGGCUUCCGUGACCUUUCUCAGCAUGACCAAGUCACCCUGCUUAAGGCUGGCACCUUUGAGGUGCUGAUGGUGCGCUUUGCUUCAUUGUUCAACGUGAAGGACCAGACAGUGAUGUUCCUAAGCCGCACCACCUACAGCCUGCAGGAGCUUGGUGCCAUGGGCAUGGGAGACCUGCUCAGUGCCAUGUUCGACUUCAGCGAGAAGCUCAACUCCCUGGCGCUUACCGAGGAGGAGCUGGGCCUCUUCACCGCGGUGGUGCUUGUCUCUGCAGACCGCUCGGGCAUGGAGAAUUCCGCUUCGGUGGAGCAGCUCCAGGAGACGCUGCUGCGGGCUCUUCGGGCUCUGGUGCUGAAGAACCGGCCCUUGGAGACUUCCCGCUUCACCAAGCUGCUGCUCAAGCUGCCGGACCUGCGGACCCUGAACAACAUGCAUUCCGAGAAGCUGCUGUCCUUCCGGGUGGACGCCCAGUGACCCGCCCGGCCGGCCUUCUGCCGCUGCCCCCUUGUACAGAAUCGAACUCUGCACUUCUCUCUCCUUUACGAGACGAAAAGGAAAAGCAAACCAGAAUCUUAUUUAUAUUGUUAUAAAAUAUUCCAAGAUGAGCCUCUGGCCCCCUGAGCCUUCUUGUAAAUACCUGCCUCCCUCCCCCAUCACCGAACUUCCCCUCCUCCCCUAUUUAAACCACUCUCUCUCCCCCACAACCCUCCCCUGGCCCUCUGAUUUGUUCUGUUCCUGUCUCAAAUCCAAUAGUUCACAGCUGA